AUGGUGAAUUGCAAUGGUACUAAGGAUGAUAUAAAAGAUUAUGUUGAUCAUAAUGAUGAUGAUGAUGAUGAUGAUGACAGGGUUUGGGUUGAUGGUAGGAAUGAGGAUAUCGUGUACAAUGACAAUGAGUAUGAUGAGAAAGAGAAUAAAGAUGUUGGCGAUCAUAUUGAUGAUAAUGAUGAUGAUGGUGGUGAUGGGAAUGAUGCUUAG